UAUGAACUUGAAUAGUACAAAAUUUCAAUCAUGUCACACAUUAAUGAUUUGAUAGGUGUAGCCCGUGGCUUACGGCUAGUUGUUGAAGCCAGUACAAAGAUGCAGCAGGAAGCAUGUAGUAUUAUGUGGAAUAACUCUAGCAUUAGGCCACUCCUACAACAAUGCCCAACUAACCCACUCACAGCUUAUAAACCUAGUGCUGAUACUGCAAAAGAUGUAAUCGAAAGAGCAGUGGUUGUUGCUCAUGGCUUAAGGAAAUAUGUUGUAAUGAAUGUGCCUAAUUUAAACCCUGAUAUCGAAGGCAAGGUAGAAAUGGACCCCAAAUUGCAACAGGAGAUUGAAGAGUUGAAUCGAGAAUUCAACAGAACAUUUGCCACCUUAGAACAGAAAGUUCAGAAUAAAGAUAGCCCAGCUGAAUUUGUAUCACCACUAGAAAAUAUUAAAAUGCAACCUGAGCCAUCCAGAAUUGAGAAAGAUGAAGUUAAAACAGAAAUACCCAAGUUUGAAAGUGUUAAACCUAAGUUUGAAACUUUGAGUAAUACAACACAAUUUGCAACACAAACAAUACCAAAACCAGUUGCUAAAAAGAAAAUACGUGUAUCUCUUAGUGAAAAUUCCAAAGCUCGUGUAGUACCAUCGUCGAGAAUAGGUCGUAUGAUUUCGUUUGGUUCACUAGCAGCUGGACUCGGAGUCGGCACUAUAGCACAGUAUGCACGCAAUACUUUGCAGUCAGUCACAGGACAAGCCGAUGAAGCCGCUAAUUCAUUUUUGUCUCCAGCUAAUGCUGAAAGAAUUGUUGACACGCUUUGUAAAGUCAGAGGAGCAGCACUGAAACUAGGUCAAUUAUUAAGUAUACAAGACGAAUCUGUGAUAUCCCCGGAACUUCAACGAAUAUUCGAGAGAGUACGGCAGUCUGCCGAUUUCAUGCCAGCAUGGCAGGUAGAAAAGGUGAUGAGUUCGCAACUUGGACCCGAAUGGAGAAGUAAACUACAAAGCUUCGAAGAGAAACCUUUUGCUGCAGCUUCUAUAGGGCAAGUGCACUUGGCUGUACUGCAUAAUGGUCGGGAGGUCGCAAUGAAGGUUCAAUAUCCCGGAGUCGCGAAAGGGAUUAACAGUGACAUUGACAACCUUGUAGGAGUUAUGAAGGUAUGGAACAUGUUUCCUAAAGGCAUGUUCAUAGAUAACGUUGUGGAAGUGGCGAAAAAAGAACUAGCCUGGGAAGUCGAUUAUAUACGUGAAGCGGAAUGUACUAGAAAGUUCAAGACUCUAUUGGCACAGUAUCCUGAAUACUUCGUUCCUGACGUCAUAGACGAAUUGUGCGCACAGGAAGUGAUAACAACAGAACUGAUAGACGGCGUACCUCUCGAUAAGCUAUUCGACGCAUCCUAUGAGACACGCGUCGAUAUCGCGUCCAAGAUCAUGAAGCUGUGCCUCAGAGAAAUGUUCGUACUAAGAUGUAUGCAAACAGAUCCGAAUUGGGCCAAUUUCUUCUACAAUACUAAUACGAAACAGGUAAUAUUGUUAGAUUUUGGAGCUACAAGAGAGUACUCCAAGGAAUUCAUGGAUCAGUACAUUGAGAUAAUUAAGGCAGCCUCAUUGGGCGAUCGCGCUGCUAUAUUGAGAAUGUCGCGUGAGAUGAAAUUCUUGACUGGCUAUGAAUCUAAAAUCAUGGAAGAAACGCACGUUGACACUGUCAUGAUAAUGGGCGAAGUAUUCACCAGUGAAGGCUCCGGCGAUUUCGACUUCGGAACCCAACAAACAACGAGACGGAUACAAGCCUUAGUGCCGACCAUACUAACGCAUAGACUCUGUCCGCCCCCGGAGGAAAUAUAUUCAUUGCACAGGAAGCUCUCGGGCGUCUUUCUGCUAUGCUCAAAGAUGAAAAUUAAAAUGAACUGCAGGGAUAUGUUCAAUGAGAUUUACGAUCAAUAUAAGAGCAACAGCCUCAGGUAAUUGUUGUUAUGAAAUCUACAUAGCAUAAUUGUCGUUGUCAAACUAAUAUUUGUUGUGUGCACUCUUUGGUAAUUUCAACAUUUGCACCAUCAUAACCACGCUAUAUAAGACAGAAGUAAAGAAAUUUGGUUAAAGUUAAGUUUUUAUUCAACAUCACAAAGUAAUGGUAGGUGGUGGUAGGACCUCUUGUGAGCCCGCGCGGGUAGGUACCACCACCCUGCCUAUUUCU